AUGCCCUCGGGGCGGCAGGCAGGUGGCAGACCAGCGGGGGCGGGGAGGGCGGCCCCCCCAUCUCUUCACAUCCUCUUUGGCCCUCCCCGUCCUGGGGCCGCGGGCCCCAAGAAACCAAUGGGGAGCCGGCGUACAGCGGCGCACAUCUGGGCCGCUGAGCUGGGCGCCGGGCGGCCAAUCCCGGGACCCGGCGGCUCGUUCCUCCUCCUCCUCCUCCUCCCUCCCUGGCUCGGGGAGGCCCGGCCUCAGCCAAUCGGCGGCGCCGCUCGCGCCGGCUCGGCCACCCCAGCCCCGCCAGCCAGCAGCCCGGCCGCCGCCGCCGCCGCCGCCGCAGUGGCCGCCCCAGCCCUAGCCCCGAGGCGCCAGGACCCCGGGCAGCCCCGGCAGCCGAGCGCAGGACCCAGCGGUUCCUACGGAGUGGUCAAGCUGGCUUACAAUGAAGACGACAAUACUUACUAUGCCAUGAAGGUGCUUUCCAAAAAGAAGCUGGUGCGGCAGGCGGGCUUCCCACGUCGCCCCCCACCCCGUGGCACCAAGCCCCCCUCGGAAGGCUGCAUCCAGCCCAAAGGCCCCAUCGAACAGGUCUACCAAGAGAUUGCUAUUCUCAAAAAAUUGGACCAUCCCAAUGUGGUGAAGCUGGUGGAGGUCCUGGAUGACCCAAAUGAGGACCAUCUGUACAUGGUGUUUGAACUGGUCAACCAGGGGCCUGUAAUGGAAGUGCCAACAGUUAAGCCGCUGACGGAGGAUCAGGCCCGAUUCUACUUUCAAGAUCUGAUCAAAGGCAUCGAAUACUUGCAUUACCAGAAGAUCAUCCACCGGGAUAUAAAGCCUUCCAACCUCUUGGUUGGAGAGGAUGGACAUAUCAAGAUUGCCGACUUUGGCGUGAGCAACGAAUUCAAGGGAACCGAUGCCCUCCUCACCAACACCGUGGGCACGCCCGCCUUCAUGGCACCUGAAACGCUGUCUGAGACUCGGAAGAUCUUCUCUGGGAAGGCUCUGGACGUCUGGGCCAUGGGAGUGACCUUGUACUGCUUUGUCUUCGGCCAGUGCCCUUUUAUGGAUGAACGGAUCUUGUCUUUGCACAGUAAGAUCAAAAGCCAGGCUCUGGAGUUCCCAGACCAGCCCGAUAUUGCCGAUGAUCUGAAAGACUUGAUCGUACGCAUGUUGGACAAGAACCCCGAGUCCAGGAUCAUCGUUCCUGAAAUCAAGCUGCACCCCUGGGUCACAAGGCACGGGGCGGAGCCGCUGCCCACGGAGGAUGAGAACUGCACCUUGGUGGAGGUGACGGAAGAGGAGGUGGAGAACUCUGUCAAACACAUCCCCAGCCUGGCAACCGUGAUUCUUGUGAAGACGAUGAUCCGUAAACGAUCCUUUGGGAACCCCUUUGAGGGCAGCCGGCGGGAAGAGCGCUCUUUGUCUGCUCCUGGAAACCUGCUCACGAAGCAAGGCAGCGAAGACAGCCUCAGGGGCAGCGACCUGCCAAAUGUGGGGGAGGAGGAGGUGGUCUGGUGAAAAUGGCCGCAGGAGUGGAAGCCCAGGCCCCCGGCCCCCCGAUGGAUGACGGGCACCGGCCGCUACCCCCUCCAGGAGAAGUAGUGAUGGAGCCUGAAUAACCUCAGCCGGGGCAUGUCCACAGACCGGCCUGCUCACCUCCACGGGGCCCCAUGCUGCCAACACACACUGUCUCCAUUGCCGCAUGUCCUACCAAAACUGACCACUUGUGUAAAG